GGUCACUGUUUUUGUCACGCCCUGAUCUGUUUCACCUGUCCUUGUGAUUGUCUCCACCCCCUCCAGGUGUUGCUUAUUUUCUCCAGUGUAUUUAUCCCUGUGUUUCCUGUCUCAUUGUACCAGUGUAUUUAUCCCUGUGUUUCCUGUCUCUCUGUACCAGUGUAUUUAUCCCUGUGUUUCCUGUCUCUCGGUGCCAGUUCUUCUUGUAUGUUUCCAAGUCAACCAGCGGUUUUUCCCCGUUCUCCUGAUUUUUCGCAUUCUCCUUUUUCAAGUCCUCCCGGGUUUGACCCUUGCCUGUUUUCUGGACUCUGUACCCGCCUGCCUUGACCACGAGCCUGUCUGCCACUCUGUACCUCCUGGACUCUGAUCUGGUUUUGACCUUUUAGUCUGUCCACAACCUCUUGCCUUCACCUUUUGGAUUAUUAAACAUUUGCCUCCUGUGUCUGCAUCUGGGUCUCGCCUUGUGCCUUGCUAGCUUUACAUGUCUGUAAUGUACCCAAGGUGCAUCUCCUAACCCGUUCAGGUGACAGAGGUGUUCUCGUGGCAGCCGCCUUGGCAGCUCUGUCAGCCAGGUCAUUACCUUUACUCUCGUCUGUAAAGAUUUUCCCCAUGUGCUUUCAUUUUCAAAAAUUGCAACUUGUCCAGGUAACUGGAGAGCAUUCAGUAGAGUCGUCACCUCUGGUACCAUUCUUCACAGGAGCUCCCAGUGAUGUCAUGAAUCCUCUGUUUUCCCAUAUUUAUUCAAAAUCCUGGGUAACUCCGAAAGCAUACCUCGAGUCUGCGUAGAUAUUAGCUGUUUUUUUUCCUUCCGCCUGUUUACCUGCUUCCGUCAAAGACACCACGGGUGUUCCUGCUGUUUUCUCAGCAACCAAAAAAUAAAAUAAUAAUAAUAAUAAUAAUAAUUUAAAAAAAUAAAAGCAAUUAAAAAAUAAAUAAAAAAAAAUAAACAAAAGCAAUAAUAUUUUCGAAGUAUUAUUUUUUUCUACCGAAUGAAUGUGCUCCGAUGCCACUUAAAAACAUCUCAAUGUCACCAGGUGCUGAAGAUGCAUCUAGAACGAGAGAGAGAACUAUGUGAUGUGACUUUCUCGUCGUCCUCCUCUUCCUCCUCCUCCUCCUCCUCUCCUUCAGUUGACAUGGAGAAUGAAGACGGAACCUGUCUGCUUGAUGUUUUGUGUGAUCCCCAAGCCUUAAAUAACUUCCUUCAUGGAACAAACGAGCUGCAGAAUGAUGACCUGCUCAUUACCUGUUCCUCUGGAGAGCCCUCCUCCCUCUUCACUGACACCCCAAGCCCAAUGUCUCUGUUGGCAGAUGACAUUACCCCCCCUGCAGAAUGCGUUGACCUGUCCUUCCUGGAAGAGGCUCUACUGGGGGGGUCCCCCGAGGGAGGGGGGGAGAGAAGAGGGGAGGGAGAGGAAGCGCAGGAGGAAGAGGAAGUACCGCCCUGUGACAUUCUCCAGCAGAGUCUUCAGGAGGCUGACAUCACAGAGCACACUAUGGCUCAGGAGGCGGGGCUCGUCCAAACAGGGCCUGGGGAGGGCCACACCCUGUCUCUCUACACACCUGGCCCCCCACUCCUCCUCCCUCCUGCUGCCGUGCCAUUCCUCUCCAAAACCCUAGCCUUCCCUCACCCCCACCCUGGCCCCCCCACCCUGCAACACAGGGACACCCAGGCUGCGGUGGAGCCUCCCCAACCAUCCCUGCUGGCCGUGGGACCAGGCUGCCCCUCCCUGAAGCCUGCUGCUCCCCAGCUGAUGGGCCUCCUCCCUGGGAACAUCUUCCCCGCACCCCCGCCAGAGACUUCCUUCUCCCUGACCCCUGCACAGGCCUCCAACACCUCCUUUUCCCUCAUCCAGAAGGCAGUACCUAGCCUGACAGGGCGCCCCCUACUGGCCCCAACCCUCAGAGCGGCUGCAGCCCCCGGGAUCUUUCUCCAGAGAGGACCCCUGCCCAUCCAGCCCAAGCUGCCUAUCAGCAUCCAACCCCGACUUGUUCAGAUCAGCCCUAAGCCUCCUGGCCCUGGUGGGCCUGGUCAGAAACCCUCUCCAGGUCUCACCUUCCACCCUGGGACGCCCUCGUCAAACAUCCUCCUGUCCCCCCCUCCUCCCCAGCCCAAGCCUGCCCAACACCUCACCAAGCCCCAUCCCCAGCCUGCCCAACACCUCACUGCCCCCCACCUCACCAAGCCCCAGCCCGUCAGCCUGCAGUUGGUCAACCAGGGAGGAGGCUCCUUUCUGAUCCAGCCUCAAGGUCUCUUCCAUGGCCAAAAUCAGUUCCUCCUGCCUGGCCAAUCCCCUGUCACCCUGUCCCAGCUCCCUGGCCAAUCCCCUGUCACCCUGUCCCAGCUCCCUGGCCAAUCCCCUGUCACCCUGUCCCAGCUCCCUGGCCAAUCCCCUGUCACCCUGUCCCAGCUCCCUGGCCAAUCCCCUGUCAACCUGUCCCAGCUCCCUGGCCAAUCCCCUGUCAACCUGUCCCAACUCCCUGGCCAAUCACCUGUCACCCUGUCCCAGCUUCCUGGCGGUUCCGCGCGGCCCCUGUUCACCUCUGGCCACCAGGGAGCAACAGUCCAGUCUGUCCAGGGUAUGACACCCUCCAUGGGCCACCACCUGGUAGAUGGCUCCCAGAUCCUGACGGCCGUGCCCCACCACAGACAGCUCAACUUCAGCCCCCACACAGUCUUCAGCACCACCUCAACAGGCCAGCUCUCCCUCCGCCAGGGAACCCUGCUCUCUGGCUCCCUGCAGCUACAGUCAGGGUCGCCUACUGUCUUCCAGAUGCCAGCCCAGUUGGCGGGUGCCUACAAUCCCCAGGGGUCCCAGGGGCAGGGGGGUCCAGGCCAGCAUGCCACCCUGCUCCACAGCCCUGCUCUAGGGAGCCACAUCACCCUGAUGCACUCUGGGAUGCAGCUCACCUCAACCCACCCAGACAGUCACAUGACCUCGAUUUCCAUCCUCAACACCACCCCUCCAGCUGUAGUACAGGGCCUACCCUUCACCCCCCAGACCUCCAGACCCCUAGGGGGCGUUACAGAUGGACAGAUCAGUGUUCAGCAGGCGUCUGUCGUGUUGCUGCAUGACAGAGCUGGCCAUGAGGAGAGGAGGGAGCAAGUGGCGUCCCCACACCUGCCUCAGUCGACAAGGCACCUUUUCCAGCAGCAUGCCUCUCUCCAACCCUCCACCGCCAGUCUCCAGUCCACUUCUCCCCCUGUAAUGGCCCUCCUACAGACCCCGCUGGAGGCCCCACAGGCCCUGGACCCACCUGUUGGGACGUUACCCAAACACCUGCUGGACCCAGUUGGGUCAUUGCCUAAACACUUGCGGGACCAGACGGAGACAGGGACAAAACCAGGUGUGGAGGUUCACAGCCCCACCCAGGCCUUCAUCCAUCAUCUACAACAGCAAGCACUUACCCCUCCCAAUCCCUCCCCAUCACCUGAGGUCCUGGCUGGGACUGUGUCAGUGGAGGAUCACACUGUCUCCGCUGUGGCCAGUGAGAUGGAGGAGGCCCCUCCACCCAUCCAGCCAGCAGUUCUAGGACAUGCAGGAGCCCAGUCUACGAUGCCCCUCAGCCCUUGUGUGUUGGUGGCCUAUCCAGCUUCACUACACCCAGAGACAAAGGAGACUACUCUGCUAUGCCACUCUCCUACCCUGCUAUGCCAAUCUCCAUCUGAGCAGGGUUUAGGGACCACACCCCCGGCUGGGCAGGGCUUAUGGACCACACCCCCGAAUGGGCAGGGCUUAUGGACCACACCCCCGAAUGGGCAGGGCUUAAUGAGCACCCCCCCGAAUGGGCAGGGCUUAGUGAGAACACUCCGGAAUGGGCAGGGCUUAGUGAGCACACCCUUUACUAGGCAGGGCUUAGGGUCCACACCACAACAAGACAGUUUAUCUUCCCCACCAAGUGGGGCCACCUCCCUGGGACUGGCUGGGUCUGGAUCUGGGUCUGGAAGUGCCGUCCCUCAAACCCAGGCUGCAGUGUUCAGAAGCCCCUCCCCUCUGUCUGUUAGCACCUCCCCCCAGCUCCAGACUGCAGUGUUCAGAAGCCCCUCCCCUCUGCCUGUCAGCACCUCCCCCCAGCUCCAGACUGCUGUGUUCAGAAGCCCCUCCCCUCUGCCUGUCAGCACCUCCCCCCAGCUCCAGACUGCAGUGUUCAGAAGCCCCUCCCCUCUGCCUGUCAGCGCCUCCCCCAGCUCCAGACUGCAGUGUUCAGAAGCCCCUCCCCUCUGCCUGUCAGCGCCUCCCCCAGCUCCAGACUGCAGUGUUCAGAAGCCCCUCCCCUCUGCCUGUCAGCGCCUCCCCCAGCUCCAGACUGCAGUGUUCAGAAGCCCCUCCCCUCUGCCUGUCAGCGCCUCCCCCCAGCUCCAGACUGCAGUGUUCAGAAGCCCCUCCCCUCUGCCUGUCAGCGCCUCCCCCCAGCUCCAGACUGCAGUGUUCAGCAAUCCCAGCCCCUCUCCUCUGCCUGUCUGUGUGCCUCAGCAGCAGCCUGACCCCCUCCUGGCGCAGCCUGACCCCCUCCUGGCGCAGCCUGACCCCCUCCUGGCGCAGCCUGACCCCCUCCUAGCGCAGCCUGACCCCCUCCUACCUGACCCCCUCCUAGUGCAGCCUGACCCCCUCCUAGUGCAGCCUGACCCCCUCCUAGUGCAGCCUGACCCCCUCCUAGUGACUCCCAGCUCCUAUGGAGAUCAGGCUAACCAGCAACACACAAAGCAAAGCAAACCACCAGCUGCCUUGGCCAUGGAUGUAGAGGGUAAAGCCUUUACUCUUGAUGUCCAUCCACCUUCUCCCAGACCCCAGUGGCCACCAGGCCCCCACACAGUCCAGGGGCCCAACACAGUUCGGUGGCUCCACACUGUCCAGGAGCCCCAGUACGACCAGGGGCCCCAAUCCCACAGAGAGCAGGACCAGUGGCUCAGAGCAGUUCAGACAGCCCAACAGUCAAAGACAAAGGUGGCCGGUCCUGUGGCGAAGGAGAGAGAGCAGAGACUGACUGAAACAAUGUGCAGGCUCCAGCAGCAGCUGUGUCAGGACCAGAGACCGGUCCAGAGCCCUUACAUCUGUUCUCCCUUCUCCUCAUUGGGGGAGGCUGUGACACACCUGUUACCAUACCACACCUGUGCCGGACACCUGCCUAGUCAGGACGACUUCAACUUAGUGGACAAGCAGUUUGACACUGUGUCAGGGUUCCUACUGAAACGCACCAAGGACAUGCUCAACAAAUACAGACAGCUACUGCUUGGGAGGCACUGGGAGCAGGUGAUGCCGUCGGCAGAGAUGGUGAUGCUGGACCGCCUGUUUCUCCAAUCAGAGAGGUUUUCCCUGGGGGAGGACCGACACAGGGCCCGUAGAGACCCAGAGUCCUUCCUGAUGACCCUGCAUGCAUCUGAGUCCUCCAGCUCCGCGUCAUCCCGUGUGGGGCUGGAUCGGUCUGGCAGCCUCCCCUCCCCCCCAGCUUGGACCAGACUCUCCGACCGACCCCCGGGACUCAGGACCUACCAUUCCACCAGCCGCGGAGGCCUUCGGCUCACCAUCAAACACAAGGCUGGAUCCAGGAUGGUGGUUCACAACUCAGCCUGUGACACCGUGCACACUACUGCCUCCUCUGGUCACAAGCGGUACUACACCGGCCAACUGAUCAAUGGGAGUGUUGAUCUGACUGAGCAGGGCUCCUCCCAUAGGACCCCCUGCCAUCCAAUCGAUGAUGAGAUGUUGAACGGAGCCUUGCCCUCCAAAGUAGUAGAGGACAUCCCACAUGGUCACCAUAGUGACAGCAGGGAAUCUGUUGCACAGAUUCAGACAGCAGCACUGGGUUCACAAUAUAUAAGUUCCCCAAACUCCCUUACUAUGCCGAGCUUAGACCCACAGACUGCCUGUCUAGAGCCUCCCCCUUCAGACCCUGGAGAGAUGAGUACCCCCAAACUGAAACGCUUCAGGCCCACUCUUCCGGACCUCCCAUUCCAGGCGGACAGGCACAGCGACAGGCCCCAGCCUUUCCCCCAGACCAGCUACAGGCCCCAGCCUUUCCCCCAGACCAGCGACAGGCUCCAGCCUUUUUCCCAGACCAGCAACAGACCCCAGUCUCUUCCCCAGACCAGCGACAGGCCCCAGCCUCUUUCCCAAACUAGCUACAGGCCCCAUUCUCUUCCCCAGACCAGCUACAGACCCCAGUCUCUUCCCCAGACCAGCGACAGGCCCCAGCCUCUUCCCCAGGCCAGCUACAGAACCCAGCCUCUUCCCCAGACCAGCGACAGGCCCCAGCCUCUUCCCCAGGCCAGCUACAGACCCCAUUCUCUUUCCCAGACCAGCGACAGGCCCCAGCCUCUUCCCCAGACCAGCGACAGGCCCCAGCCUCGUCCCCAGACCAGCUACAGACCCCAGCCUCUUCCCCAGACCAGCGACAGGCCCCAGCCUCUUCCCCAGACCAGCUACAGACCCCAGCCUCUUCCCCAGACCAGCGACAGGCCCCAGCCUCUUCCCCAGACCAGCUACAGGCCCCAGCCUCUUCCCCAGACCAGCGACAGGCCCCAGCCUCUUUCCCAGACCAGCGACAGGCCCCAGCCUCUUCCCCAGACCAGCGACAGGCCCGAGGCUAGUUCUAGCCCCCAACCCCCCCUGCCAGAGGACAACACCCUCAGUGAACACCUGCAGAGUGCCAUCGACAGCAUCCUGGAGCUGCAGCGCCUGCAGGGUCCCACGGCUGCAGCCCAGCCCCGGAUCCAGGGGGCGUGCCCGGUUGCAGUUCCCGCCUCCCUACUGGACCAGGCCAUCACUAGCAUCCUACAAGGAAACCUCUAGAGACUCCUGAGAUGAGGGACACCUGGAAGGAAGGGGAGGGGGAAGAACUCAGCCGGUUCCAAAACGUUCGGUCUACUUUAACCAAGCUAGGAGGACGAGGGAUAAAGACUAGGCACAAAAAAAACAACAGGAAAUGCAGAGAAAUGUACACCAAGCAUUAUCUUCUCGAUGGUUCAUUUGAUGUAAAUGUAAGAGAUAAAAUCUAAUUCAGUAGGAGAUAUACCGUGUCAGUGGUAGUUUGAGGAUCACGACGCCAGGUGUAUAAUAUUUAUAAAUAACAGUGAGAAACAGAGACAGGAGAACAGCAGACUGAGAUUAUUCAUUUGUUUAAAAAAAAACAUGUUCUUCAAAUGUGAAUUAUUAUUAUUAUUUUUGCUUUAUAUUACUAAGAAGAUCCUAUAGUGGAUUAUUUCAAUAAUCUGUGCCAACUGUGUAAAAUGUGAUUAUUGGGUUGAUUAAGAGCAGGAAGGUUGUCUUUAUGUGAAUCUCUGUGCCUGGGUGUAGGGGGUAGAUGGUGAGUUUGAGUGAGUCAGUGUUUUUAGGAACAUUGUGAAUGACCUGAUGGUUCUUUCUUCAACAUAACGGUUUAAAGAAACGUAUCGUUCAUCUGGGGUGUAUUCACUACAAACAAGCGGAAACAAGACAGGGGGCGAAACAGGGAAGCACCUACCUGACUUUUGCCCAAUAGAAUCUCUUGUUUCGGUUAGCAAAAUGUUUUCUGUUGCAAAAAAAACAAACAAAAAAAAAACCUUUUUGCUGCGGUGUGCACUAAUGAAUACACCCCUGAAUACACCAGCAAAUGGCAACAUAUCCCAUACAUUCACAAGAGCCUGUCAAGAGUCACAGCGAAAAGAGAAAAGAUCUGACGCAAGGUGUGAAAGAUACAGUCCUUCUUUUUGGGGGGAAAAAAAAUAGGCGUUUUUCCACGUUCCCGCUGGAU